AUGGGAAUAUAUGUUGGAUAUGAAUCUCUGUCUAUUAUAAAGUACCUUGAACCAACAACAGGAGAUUUAUUCACUGCUCGUUUUGCUGAUUGUCAUUUUGAUGAAUCAAAUUUUCCAGCAUUAGGGGGAGAGAAUAAGAAGCUGGAAAAAGAUAUCAGUUGGAAUGAAUUAUCAUUAUCUCAUCUUGAUCCUCGAACAAAACAAUGUGAACUAGAAGUUCAAAAGAUAAUUCACCUGCAAAACUUAGAAAAUCAAUUGCCAAAUGCGUUCACUGAUCCAAAAGGUGUGACUAAGUCAUAUAUACCAGCUGCAAAUGCUCCAAUAAAAAUUGAUAUCCCUGUUGGACAAUCUAAUGAGUCUCAACCACGCCCAAAGCGUGGUAGACCAAUCGGUUCCAAAGAUAAAAAUCCUCGAACAAGAAAGGGAGCUAAGAAUAAAGGUGACCCAAAUGAGCAUAUAGAAAAUCUAAAAGAAUACUCAGACAUAAUAGACAUUUCAUCUCUAGAAGAGAUUGAUCAGGUACCUGAAACUCAUGAAAAUAAAGAGAUCUCGAUAAAUUAUGUCCAAAAUGGAAUACAAUGGAAUUGA